GCGCCUCUAAUCAUAUCCAGCAUGUUUUGUACAAGAAAUGUCAGCCAGAAAGGGCUAUCUUCUCCCUUCGCCAAAAUACACCACAAUAAUGUCAUGUUCAGACAGCCCGUCAGGAAAUGCGUUUUUAGUGGAUUCUCUGAUCAGUGGCCGCACCGAGAGCGGCGGAGGUCACUACACAGGGAGCGCGGUGUGUGUGCCUCAUAGCACCGCUACAGAAGUGCCUUACGGACUACACAACUAUGGAUACUUCCCAGGUAUGGGUAAGCGCAGCGAGGUGGGUCCCCAGAACAUGGUUUCCGCCUCAGGGGCGUACAUGCCCAGCAUGGAGAUGUGGAUGGACGCGCAGAGGUCAUGUCGUAUGGACCAAGAGCACCCGGUUGGUCCCCAGGUCGCGCCCUGCUCUUUCCCGCAGAACAUUAAGGAAGAGAGCACCUACUGCCUGUAUGAGCAGCCGAAGUGCCCUAAAGCCUCCACCGCCGAAGAUCUUACAUAUUCGAGGUUAACAACGGCCGGCCUCGGGUCGAGUUCUUGUACAGUUACCGAUGGCGGCGGCGGCGGGGGCUCAGUGCCUGUGCCGGGCUACUUCCGCUUGUCUCAGACGCACGCACAUUCUCAUAAACUUUACAACACCAACGGCCCCCAGCCGAACCCUUCCCAUUCUCAUUUUGGCCUACACCCCACUGCUCCUGCUCGCUUCCACACGCCACCAACCUCGACUUCUGCUCCAGCCACGGCGCAGGAAGGAAGGAACACCGAGGAGCCCGUGUCCUCGGCAAAAGCAGACGUGCAGCCUCACGCUGCACCGGGGGCCGAGGACACACGAGAGUCCUCGGAUGCAGAAGCGUCCUCAGCUGACGAGGUGGAAGAGCAUGACAAAGACAGGCCAGCAAAGACCAGUAAAGGAGACACAAAAAGUGAAAACACAGCCAACUGGCUGACAGCAAAAAGCGGCCGGAAGAAACGCUGUCCAUACACCAAGCACCAGACACUGGAGCUGGAGAAGGAGUUCCUCUUCAACAUGUACCUGACCCGAGAGCGCCGCCUAGAGAUCAGUAAAAGCGUCCACCUGACGGACAGACAGGUUAAAAUCUGGUUCCAGAACCGCAGGAUGAAACUGAAGAAAAUGACGCGGGAAAACAGGAUCCGGGAGCUCACCUCCAACUACGGAUUUUCGUGAUGAACGAGGUGAUCACAUUGAAAUAGAAGAGAAUUGGUGAAAUCAAUUACUGCACCCCCCUUUCCACUUCUCCAGCCAACCCUCCCCUCCACUCCACCCUCCCUCACCACUUUGUCCACAUGACUCAUUUCACUGUGGGGUCUACAACUUUCUUUUAUUUCCAGACACGCUCAACGCCAUCGUCCUCUGUGAGCUACGGAGAAAAGGAAAAAAAAAGGCAAAAAAUGAAUGUUAGAGGUUCUAUUUGAUUGUUUUCUGAUGUUGUGUUUUUGUAUUGUCGACACGUUUCUGUCACGUCUGUCGUAUGGUUGGAUAGUGUCGUCAGUGGAGUUAAAUCAAUGCAGUUACACACACACACACACACACACACACACACACACACACACACACACACUAUGCCCUAGAAGGUGGUUUAAAAUGUCCACCCCCCCACCCCACCGCUGGAAAAUAACCUUUUUUAAAUUUAGUCAAACAAAUAUGAAUCUAUUUACUUUUAAUUGGAAUUGCAUGAUAUAAAGUUUUCCUACAUUUUGUUUUUUAGUAAUUUGAAACCACCCUGGAAUAUAAAUAUAAUGCCCAUGUUUCACCAAGGGAGGAAUAAUUCAUCUAUGACCAUUAGAUGUAGUCCACCAACAUAUAGGUCUAUUCUAUGUAUGAGCUAAAUGUAUAAAUUGAGUCUUUAUUCACGUUGAGGACGUUUACACGAAAACGGUGCGCAAAGUGUAGGAGGAAUGUUUUUAUUGUAUAUUUCUGUGUAUAUAUGACAUUGUGUUUUUGUGUAAUGCUUAAUAAAUUAUCAGCUCGCA